CUCGCGCUCAUCCGCGAGCACAACUUCCUCCCGGACCUCGCCUCCUACUCGCACCUCCUCGCCUCGCUGCUCAACACGCGGGACCCGCCCGACGCCGCCAUCCUCGAGCGCCUCCUCGGUGACCUCAGGGAGUCGCGCCUCGAGCCGGACGCGCCGCUCUUCUCCGACCUCAUCUCCGCCUUCGCGCGGGCCGCGCUCCCGGACGCAGCGCUCGAGCUCCUCGCCUCCGCGCAGGCCAUCGGGCUCACGCCACGCUCCAAUGCCGUCACCGCGCUCAUCUCCGCGCUCGGCAUCGCCGGUCGCGUGCCCGAGGCUGAAGCGCUAUUCUUGGAAUUCUUCCUUGCCGGGGAAAUCAAACCGAGGACACGCGCGUACAACGCGCUGCUCAAAGGGUAUGUCAAAAUUGGGUCGCUCAAGAACGCUGAGCACGUGCUCGAUGAAAUGUCAGAGUGCGGGGUUGCGCCCGAUGAGGCCACUUACAGCUUGCUCGUGGACGCGUACACGAGGGCUGGAAGAUGGGAGAGUGCAAGGAUACUGCUCAAGGAGAUGGAAGCUGACGGAGUUAAACCGAGCUCGUAUGUGUUCAGCCGGAUCCUUGCGGGGUUCCGUGACAGGGGGGAUUGGCAGAAGGCAUUUGCGGUGCUACGUGAGAUGCAUGCAAGCGGUGUGCAGCCGGAUCGGCAUUUCUACAAUGUCAUGAUAGAUACAUUUGGGAAGUACAAUUGCCUUGGGCACGCCAUGGAUGUGUUUAACCGGAUGCGAGGAGAAGGGAUUGAACCGGAUGUUGUCACAUGGAACACACUUAUUGAUGCGCAUUGUAAGGGAGGGCGGCAUGAUCGCGCCAUGGAGCUGUUUAAGGAGAUGCGUGAAAGUAACUGCCCACCAGGCACGACCACAUAUAACAUCAUGAUCAAUUUGCUUGGUGAACAAGAGCGAUGGGUGGGGGUGGAAACAAUGAUGUCAGAGAUGAAGGAACAGGGCUUGGUUCCCAACAUUAUCACCUACACUACACUUGUGGAUGUGUAUGGGAGGUCUGGUAGGUACAAGGAGGCAAUUGAUUGCAUUGAGGCGAUGAAAGCUGACGGACUGAAGCCAUCGCCCACCAUGUACCAUGCCCUUGUCAAUGCAUAUGCGCAAAGGGGUUUAGCAGACCAUGCGUUAAAUGUAGUCAAGGCCAUGAGAGCGGAUGGACUCGAGGCUAGCACGGUAGUGCUCAACUCAUUGAUUAACGCCUUUGGUGAGGAUAGAAGGGUUGUUGAAGCAUUCUCCGUGCUUCAAUUCAUGAAGGAAAAUGAUUUUAAGCCUGACGUUAUUACAUACACAACACUAAUGAAAGCUCUAAUCCGUGUAGAGCAGUUCGACAAGGUUCCGGUCAUCUACGAAGAAAUGAUUACAUCAGGAUGUGCCCCUGACCGCAAAGCUAGAGCAAUGCUGCGUUCAGCUUUAAGAUAUAUGAAACACACAAGGGUUGCAUAGGCAAUUUAGAUACAAGUCACUAAUCACUGAUGGAAGCACAAUGUCUCUGUUGAUCUUGUUAAACUCGCAAUGGAAGGUGAAGCUCCAUCUGCCUGACAGAUAGACUCUGCUUUUUAAGCUGAGAUAUAUAUGCAGUUGUCUUCGUAAUUGUUUAGGAGAAGAAAGGCACAUCUUGGUCAGCCGCCGGAAGGAAGGCUAUGUACCAAAAGGAGAGGGGGACUUGAAUACUUGAUAUAGGAAGCAGAUACAUAAAAUCUCUGUCGGGACCUCAGACAUUCAUAUUGAAAUUUUUGGAACCAAUAUUGGCCCAUAACUCUGAUAGCAGUACAGUGCCGAGAGAUGAAUUGUAACGUGGAAUUACAUUUCCAGGCCAAUUUCAAAUUGUAUUCAGAUGUACAUUUUUGUAGAGUUUGUGUAGGGCAAUAUUAAAAGAUGAAAGGAUGCCAGUUUCAGUGUGUCAAAUUUA